ACCACUCCGCCUCGGCUAUUCUUUCUUGCGUAGUUGCUGUCUCGUCCUUCUGCAAAGUCUCUCGAUGGCUAGCAAGCUUUCGAAUGAGGCUAUUCUUGAGCAGCUGAGAAACGGGACUGCUAAAUUUGAACUUGUUUCCUCUCCACUUCCAUCAAUUUCAGUCGCUGCUCGUAACUUGAAGACAAGUUCCUUUGGAGACAACAGUAGCAGGUUCUUUGCAAGGAUUGGGUCCUCGCUCGGCGGGCACUCACCUGCUAUGAAGAAGGUUGAGCGUUUCUCAGUCGUGAAGGUUACUGGGGAUGGCCGGUGUCUAUUUCGUGCGCUGGUCAAAGGAAUGGCUUACAAUAAGGGAAUCGCUGUUAACCCACAUGAGGAGAGAGAAAAUGCAGAUGAAUUAAGACUGGCCGUGAGAGAAGUUAUCUGUGAAAAUAAAGGAGAACGCAAGUUAUAUGAAGAUGCUCUGAUUGCCAUCACAGUUGAUGAGUCUCUAAAACGUUACUGCCAGCGCAUUUUGAGGCCUGAUUUCUGGGGAGGAGAGUCAGAGCUACUGGUGCUCUCAAAAUUGUGCAAGCAGCCAAUUAUUGUUUACAUACCAGAGCAUGAGCAUAGGGGGAGUGGAUGGGGAUCUGGUUUCAUUGCCAUUGCGGAAUAUGGAAGUGAUUUUAAGAAGAAAACAAGGAACUCGAAACCCAAGAAAGUUGUGAGGCUAUUAUACAGCGGUAAGAACCAUUAUGAUCUUCUCUGUUGAGGAAUAAUUGCAUAGAUGAAUGGGGCGAAAGGAAAAUUGGUGCAUGAUUCAGAUUUUAUUUUGUACUCUUUCCUUUUAGAUAUUGUAGAGUAGGAUUUCAUGUGGCUUUGACCUUAACAGUAAUAGAAA